CCCUCUCUUAUACCUUCAAAAAUGGAGAAACCACCACCAAAUUUAGUUCUAGGUUCAAUCAAGGCCUUCAAAUCUAGAGACUACCCACAAAAAGCCAAGGUAGUGUCAUUCUUUGCCUUCGUUCUCUCUAUUUUUGUCUAUAUCUCUAUUUUCUAUCUUUUCAAUCUCUCCCCUUGAAAGCUCUUUAACAGCACUAAAUUUAGGUUUUUCAUUUCCAACACUCUAAUCCUCAUCAUUGCCCUGGAUUAUGGUUCAUUCUCUUCUUCGUCAAAAGGUAUUAAUAAACAUGGUGUUUAUGAAGAGUACGUAAUAAUGAGGAGGCGAAGAAGUGUUCCAUCAUUUCCCUCAUGCUACCGGGAAAUUAUCAAGACAGGACGCUUGGAUGAAGAAGAGGUUAAAAAAGAUAGUCGAGAAAAGAGAAGAAAUGUUCACCAAGGAAAAUUGCCAAUUGUUCAUGAAAGUGAUGAGCAUGAAAAUGCUCCUGCCGUUAAUCCCCAAGUAAAGAAGCUAGAAACCAGUGCCCUAAAACUUGGUGAAGCUUAUCGUCGCAAGAAGAAGGUUGUUGUAGAAAAAACUCUUCAACGUAGUAAGUCAGAGAGUUUUAAGCGGGUGAUGUUCGAUGAGAGCAAGAACAUUAUACGUAGGAUAGAAACUGAAGAGUAUGAACCACCAGACUCUAUUGAAGAAAAAGAUGGGUAUGCAAAUAUGUCCAAUGAAGAAAUAAAUACAAGAGCUGAGGAGUUUAUUCAGAGGUUCAAUAAACAAAUUCGGCUUCAAGGUGAAGUUUAUUCCAAAAAAUAGAUAGGGAAAGAUAUUACAAGAUCAAGUUGUAUUGUCUUCUUGCUUGUGUCCUUGUCGUCCACUUUGCUAUUUUGUUCACUGGUUCUUGUUAGUGUAAAUGCUUCAGAUAGUUUGUAUGUAGUCUUCUCUUUGUAGGAACAUGUUUUCUUAUUUUCUUUGUGUGGUUAUGCUCCUUUAACUCGAACUUGCUAUUUGAUCCAUAUUCUGCUGCGGAUAUAAAAUAAAAAUGAAAAGGCAGGUGCACAGACCUAGCCUUGCAGGUUCAAGUGCAUGGCCUUUUAUAUUAA